GAUUCUAUUAAAAUGAUGAAAAGAAGCGUCAGGAAAAUCCCAAGUUUGUGCUGGCACUCGGCUCCCAUCCUCUCCCACGUGCGUUCCCUCUGCGGGGUCCAGCUUGCAGAUUCAUCUUCCCUGGGAGAUUAGCAACUAAUCUCUCCUUCAUCCGCUGUCUUUUUUAUCUGUAUUGAGAGCCAGACUGGAAAUUACUAAGUCCUGCUGGUCUCGGGGUCCAGCCCUGGUGAGUGUCAGGAGGAUCUUUGCAGGGAGCUCCCACAAGGAGGGGGCAACGGAGCACGGACUGCAUUCAACUUGGAAGCACAGACCAGGCAGGAGAAAGGGGAUGUUUUCCAGCCCUUGCUGACCAUCCCGUUCCUAAGAGCAGACAGGGAGCAUCAUCCCAAGGGCAAGAGCAGGGAAAUCCGCUGGGAAACCCCUCCUGCUCCUUCCCCCCAGGCAUUGGGGCACCUGCUCCUUCUGAUUAAAUCGUCUCAAGGUAAUUGUGCCUGUCAUUGAGACAGAUUAACGGGUGACCUUCUGCCUCUGGAGCAGGAUUGGCGGCCGCCGCCGAGCUCCCAGUCCUUCUUUCCCUCCCACCGACCACGGUGGCACAGCCUGGCAGAGGAUUCUCAUCCACAACCAGUGGGAAGAUGCCCGGCAGUGGCCGGGGCACAGCGGGAGCCACAAGCCGAGAACGACGUCUGCCGGGCUGGCAGCCGCUCUGCCUGGACAUGAGGACCUGUCUCCCAGCCCGGGGCUGAGCCCCCGCCCCGGCGCCGCCAUGGUGCUCCCCUACGCCCGCAACAGCGGCGGCGCCGGCGGCUGGCUGGCCCCCGAGGAGCCCCGCGGCCGCAGCAACUCCAUCCCCCCGGCGCAGACCCCCACGGCCAAGCACAUGCUGGCCUACCUGCCCCGGCCGCCCACCGACACCAGCGGGUACGGCACCUUUCCCCAGAAGCCCGAUCUCCCGGCCGGCCCCGGGGCUCUGGUGGAGGACGGCGGGCAGCAAGCCGCCACCACCACUGCCAAGAGAGGCACCCCGAUGCCAAACUACCCCUCUGCACCCCGUCACAGCAGCUUUGUCCCCGGUGAGCCGUCCCUGCCGCCGAGCCGCGGGAGCCUGACCACCCAGCACCACCGUGGCCGCCCGUCCUGGUGCCCACCGCCUGCCCCACAAGAGGCGGGCGCCCGCGUGUACCCGCUGCACGCACUGAGCGUGGCCAACAUCCCCAACUCGUCCCGCGGCAAGAGCUCCGCCCGCAGCUCCACCGUUCCCACCCCGGAGGGCCUGCAGAGCCGGCGCUGCAAGCUGCUGGAGGAGGACAGCCCGAUGGUCCAGGCCGGCAAGCGGCAGCGGCAGCGCUAUGUGACAAAAGUGGGCAAGUGCCAGGUGAAUCUGGGCAACAUCCAGGACAAGAAGAGGUUCCUCUCAGACAUCUUCACCACCAUUGUAGACCUCAAGUACCGCUGGUUCCUCUUCGUCUUUAUGAUGUGCUACAUCGUCACCUGGGUGGUCUUUGGCUUCAUCUACUUCUUGGAUGCUUGGGUGCGGGGUGACAUUGGGCACCAGGGUGAUCCCGAGUGGCAGGCAUGCAUCGAGAAUGUGGAUGGCUUUGUCUCUGCCUUGCUCCUCUCAGUGGAAAGCCAGCGGACCAUUGGCUAUGGCACUCGGAUGGUGACAGCCAACUGCGCCGAGGGCGUCAUCCUGUUGAUAGCACAGUCGAUCGUUGGGUCCAUGAUCGAUGCCAUGAUGGUUGGCUGCAUGUUUGUCAAGAUCUCCCGGCCCAAGAAGCGUGCCCAGACCCUCAUCUUCAGCAAGAACUGUGUCAUCUCCUGCCGGGACGAGAAGCUCUGCCUGAUGUUUCGUGUGGGGGACCUGCGGGAAAGCCACAUGGUGGAUGCCAAGAUCCGGGCAAAGCUGAUCAAGUCCCGUCACACAGCCGAAGGGGAGUUCAUCCCCCUGGAGCAGUCAGAGCUGAACCUGGGCUAUGACACAGGGGAGGACCGUCUAUUCCUGGUGGAGCCCCAGAUCAUCUGCCACGUCAUCAACCGUCACAGCCCUUUCUGGGACCUGUCAGCCGAGUCACUGCGCCGGGAGCAGUUUGAAAUCAUCAUCAUCCUCGAGGGCAUCGUGGAAGCUACAGGAAUGACGUGCCAAGCCCGCACCUCCUACACAGAGGAUGAGAUCCUCUGGGGAUACCGCUUCGAGCCCUGCAUGUCCCUGGAGAAAGGCGCAUUCCAGGUGGACUACAGCCGCUUUGAGAUGACCUUUGAGGUGCAGACACCAGCGGCCAGUGCCAAGGAGCUGCACGAGCUGAAGGAGCUGGAGCAGCAGGAACACUCCACGCUCAGCCUCUACUGGGACCACCUCCUGCAGCCCUGUGCGCUGCCAGGACCCAGCGAGGACGUCCUGGUGGGGAUGAGUGUCCCCGGCAGCGUGGCUGAGGGCAUCCGGGAUGAGCCACGGCAGCGGGAAUUCCCUGCCUGAGCUGCUCGGGGACCGUGGGACCGCCUGCCUGGCUGUGCCCUUGCCUCGUUGGUGCCUGUGGGUGCCCCACACCAACAGUGCCAUAGCCCACCCUCCUCUGGGGGCUGAGCCCUUGUGCCCUCACCCUCCGUGUUCCCCCAGCUGCACCCACAGGGCAUUAUUUUUGUUAAGUUGUUCUUUUGUAACAAGGCAUACAAAGUGUAACUAGCGGGCAAGUAAAGGCUGUUCAUGACAAAAUCA